AGUAUUGGUUCUUCGCGCACUUGUGCACCAAUCAACUAUACAAGAAUGAUUUUUCUUUUCCAUUGUGGGAGAAACAUUGUGGAAAUUUCCCAAACAUCAUAUUUCUACUUCUAACCAGUCGAGGACCGAGUCAAAGCCUUUCAGUUUCCAUGGAGCCUUUAUUAGGGUACAGAACGGACACUUACAGGAAUGUAUACAAAGUCCAAUGAAGAGGAGUACAGGUAAUAAACAUGACAGAGGACGAUUUAUGGCAUGCACUAAUCGACUCUGAUUACCUCAAGGAAAAGAAUCUAAUUGAUAGUGAUGAAUGGAAGGAAAAGAUUUUGAAAUAACCGAAGCGUGUACAUAAAUUGCUGAACUGCACACGGUUCACAGUUUGUCGUGAAUGACGAAUUGGAGUAUUUUCUGUUCCUAUAAAAGCUGCUAAUAAGAUAACAGUUUUAUGCCAUUAACCUGCCGUCGCUGCUCAAAAUGGCAUCAGUAGCAAAGAUAGCAGCCAUUUUCAUCCUUUUUGGUGUUACAUUUCUGUUCGGGAUACUGCCCUUGGUAGUUCUUAAACUAUUUGAGAAGAAACUCGCCUCGAAAUGUAAUCUGAAGAAGUGGAUCGGACUUCUCAACUGCUUUUCUGGCGGCGUUUUUUUUGGAACGUCCUUCUUGCAUUUGUUGCCAGAAACAGUUGAACUGAUUGAGGAGUCUUUUUCUUUCGAUUACCCGAUUGCUGAAGCGUUGGCGGGUGUUGGAUUCUUUCUGAUAUUGUUUAUUGAAAACAUGAUCGGAGCGUGUGGAUACGGACAUUCCCAUAACGGACAUUCCCAUCACGGACACUCCCAUCACAUGCAUGAUUCUGGACACGAGAACCCAGCUCAAACGUGUAUUGAGGACAAAGGACAUGAGGAGACCAGUUCAUUCACUUCAAAAUCCUGCGUGAAUGUAGUGUUAGAACAAAACGGCAUUAAUGGGAUAGCUCCAUCUCAUAAAGAUCCAGAUAAGACUGAAGGCGAUGGACAGUCGAGAACCGUCGAUUCCAAAUUGGCGGAGAAAAUCAAACUGGAACAAAAUGGCGAGUGUUCGGCAAACCUUGGAUACGGAGCCAUUUCGCACAAUGAUGCUAAAAGAGAGGAACUCAACAUUACUCAUAACGAGGCGGAGCAGCCCCAAGUGGUCAUCGAGAGCCACAACCCAGAAUCCCUUGCGUUUAGGUCAGUGGUUUUGUUGUUCGCCCUGUCUUUUCAUAUGAUUUUUGAAGGUCUAUCGGUUGGAUUACAGAAGACAGACCCCGAUACGUGGAGAAUCAUGGGGGUUCUUGCUCUACACAAAUGUAUAGUGGCGUUCAGUGUCGGUUUGCAGUUGGCUGAGGGAUUCAAGAGGCUUCGAAACAUAAUCUCCUCCCUUGUACUACUGUCGAUUGUCGCCCCUAUUGGUGUCAUGAUUGGUUAUAUCGUCACGGAAACAGGCGAAGAUAGCCGAAGUGAAAACAUUGCCGCCGGAGUUCUGCAAGGACUUUCUAUUGGCUCUUUCAUCUACGUGACGUUUUUUGAAAUACUGAACAAAGAGCUCGAGAAAGGUCGGAACGUUUGGAAAGUGUUGUCGACAAUGCUCGGGUUCGGUGUUGUUGUAGGACUGUUGUUUAUCAGGGACGGUCACCACGGAGAAACGUGAAUGUAAACUGAUGUGAACAAGUCUGACAGUCGUCAGAGUAACUUUGUGCAAUAUGGACUUGUUUUAUAUGCAGAGCACGUUCUAUCCAGACUCUUGUGUUAUUCAAACGAAUAGGUUGUACAUACUGUAUAUACAAAUGUAUGUAAAAUAUGAAACGUUGUAUUAAUGUGAUAUUAUUGUCCAGUUUUAUUGUUUGAUCGUAUUUCAAGACUUACAAAUUGUAUAUGUUUGCUGUUGCUAUCAAACUUAAAAAAAAAAACAAACUAAAACAUCGGCGUUACAUGUAUAAAACUAUGUUUGUUUGCCUUAGCAACCACCUUUCAAAGUCAUGAGCUUCUGACCUGCUACUUUUUCACAAUGAUAAAAAGAUCAGAAACCGUAAAUCCUAGAUUGGAAGAUGCCAAUUUAAGUGGAUCUUUAGUUGACACACUUUGAUUUCAUAUAUGAUUAUUUAGCUUUUUCCGGUCAUCCCAAAUAAUGCUAGCAAUGAGCAUCCACUUCCCUACAAAUGAGGCGAACACGGAAACCAACUUUUUAACGUUAUAAUUGAUAUCUCGAUACAUUAAUCAUUUGUUUACAUCACAUAGUUUGCAUAUGGAAAGUUAAAUAGUUUGGCUCUCUGCCUCUCUUGUUUUUUUAACAAUCAUUUGAGUUCCAAACUCUAUAAACGUAAUUGUUUAACUAAAUUUUUAAAUUCAAAUUAAAAAAAAUAUAUAUAAACAGAAGAGUAAAUAACAAUAAUCAGGUGACCAUAGAAAUAUGAACUAUUCACAUUGGAUAACCAUCGUUAUACCUGCAGUUUCUGACGCAAUGUUUACUAUUAUACAUUGCCUGUUUUUAUUCCCAACUGAUAAAAAUAAAUACCAAAAUGUAUGUGAUUUUCUUUAGAUUAUGGUCAAAUAUUCAAAUCUCAAUCUCUCUCUCUCUCUCUCUCUCUCUCUCUCUCUCUCUCUCUCUCUCUCUCUGAUAUCCUCAAGUGAUCUAUCAUUACAAGAAGACACAUUGCUUACCUGUUAUACAUCUUGCACGGUUAAAUUAUCUGUAGGAAAUUACAAUAAUCACUAACAAAACAAUACAUGCAUGAGAGUGCCCAUAUAAGCCUUGGGUUCACAAACUGCGUUUUAUUCAAAUAAUUUGGCUUUUAUUUUUAGUUCUUUGUUUUUGUUUUAAAGUGCAUAAUAUAUAUAGAUGUAUGCCUUUAAAUUGUAAAAAAAUAAAAAUAAAAGACGAAAUAUUAAA